CGUUUUACCGUUGUGCUUGUGAGUCACGUUGGAUAUCUUCACGAAAUCGCCUGCGAGCGAGGAUUGUUCCGGGCCCGGCUCGUCUCGCGCGCGUAGGUGCGCGCAGUUUUCCGCGUCGUCGCUUCGUCGUCCGAUCGAACGUAAGGGAAACGCCGGUUCUAGUCGCGGGGCCAGGCAACCGCGUCAAAGGCUGCUUCGAGAGAUAUCCGGGUGCGGCAGAUGAGAACCGUUGAAUUCGCGUAGCGCGACAGAAGACCGGGGAAGGCGACAUGUCCAAGGUACGGCGAUUGGCGCUUCGCGGCGUCCGCAACUUCGGCGACGACACCGAGGACGUGACAAUACGCUUCUACUGCCCGUUGACGCUCAUCCUCGGCCCGAACGGCACGGGGAAGACUACCAUCAUCGAGGCGCUCAAGUACGCGACCACCGGCCAAUUCCCACCGAGCUCGGAAUCGGGCAAGGACUUCAUACACGAUCCCAUGCUGGCGACAACCGGCUCGACGAGAGCUGUGGUCAAGGCUGAGAUAGUCGAUUCCGUGGGUAAAACUUACACGGUAGCAAGAACAGUCGAAUUGACGAAGACAGAAAGAACUCUGAAGCUUAAAACUCUGGACACCACUCUGACCACAAUAAGCAAGGAUAAAACACAGAAAUCAUCGAUAACCAGUCGAUGUGUCAAUGUUGAUGAAGAAGUUGGUUUGGUGCUGGGCGUUUCAAAAUCUAUCCUGAACUACGUCAUAUUCUGCCACCAAGAAGAGCUCAAUUGGCCGUUUACAGAGGGGGCGAUGUUAAAGAACAGAUUCGAUGACAUAUUUAACAGUACAAGAUUCAACAAAGCCUCGGAGACUAUUUUAAAGCUUCAGAAAGAGUUGCAAAACGAUGUUCGAAGUCUAAACGCAGAAAAACGGACCUUCAAAGUACUCGUGGAUGAAGUGGACAAUAAAGAGGCUAAACUUGAGGAGCACAAGAAGAGACUGAAUACCACGAAGGAGAAGAUAAGUGAAAUUGAUAAAAUGCUCGAACCCGUGAAACAGCAACUCAACGAAGUGCAAGAGUCUCAUACGGAAUAUAAGAAAGUCCAGGCUGAGGAAGAGAAAAAGAAGAUGGAAUACAGUAUGCAUAAAGAUCGAUAUGAAAAACUGAAAGAAACUGUAAACAAUAUCUUCGACGGAACAACAGAGGAAUUAAACGAGCUCGUUGAAUCGUACGGCAGUACAUUAAAGGAAAAGAACGUCGAAAUCACAGAGAAUCAAACCCAGGUUAAAAGUAUCACGGAGAAAGGGACUAAGAUCUCGAAUAUUUUAGCGACACGAAGAGAAACCGUAGGUACAUUAAAGCAACAGGUGAACGAUCAUGAGAAAAGGAUCGCUCGUCGCAAUCAGUUGUUAAAUGACGCACUACAAGCUUGGGAUUUUGAUUCGGUGGAAUCGGAUGUAUCUGAAAUAGAGGUGAAGGCUCGUACAAAAAGAUUGGACGAAAAGAUGCGGGCGUUAGAAAAACAAGUAGAGCAGAAUAGACUGACUAUGCAAAGAGAGGAAAAGGAGUUGCAGACGGAAGUCGAUAAGCUGCGCAGUAAUUAUUCGAAAAUUGAAUCGGAAAAAGUUCUUAAAGAAAACGAAGUAUCAGAAAUAAGAGAAGAAAUAGAUACGAUUCGGAACCAGAUAACACAGAUUGGCGCAGCAGGGAAUAAAUUGAAGUCCAUCGAACAAAAACUUAAAACGGCGAAGCAGAGAAUCGACGAACUCAGCAACGCCUUGAAUGUGGAUUCUAUGAAAGCCGACAUUGCAGAUAAAAUAAAAUCGAGAGACAAAAUUGAAGCAACCUUAAGCGCGAUCGACGACGAAAUUUCUUCUCUGCAUAAAUUAAGCUCAUUGACGGCGGAAUUUGAAUUAAAGAAGACGGCAUUACAAGCUAAAGAAGACGAGCUGGAAAAUUUGAAGAAAAAGCAUGGAGAUAACAUCAAAACGUUGUUAAAUGUUCAAGAACUACAACAAACUAAAUUAAAAGAUACUUUGGAACGUGUUCACCAAAGAUUGGAAAAAGAAACCAAUUCUUUAACACGAGAGAUUCAGGCUCAAGAACGUAAAACUACUGCUUUCGAAACAACUGUACGGCAUAUAGAAUCCGACAUUAAGAAAAAGACAAUAGAACUACGCGAUGAUAAAGAAAAGAUAUCCACAAUAUGCAAUUACAAAGAUUUCGAUGAGAAUUUGUUAAUGCAAGCAACUAAAGUAAAGGAACUUCAGAACACGAGAGGAAUCUAUGCUUAUCAAGCUACAGCCUACAAGGAAUAUGUUAAAAAAUUAUCUGUGAAGGAUCCUUGUUGUCCCCUGUGUCACAGAGAUUUUGACAAACAAAAUACGGUCACAGAGUUAAUAAAGGAAAUCGAAACCGAUAUAAUACGUAAUCAACCUGAUCGCUUGAAGUUGUGUGAACGGGAACUAGGGAGAGAACAGGAAAAAUAUGAUAACAUGUUGCAGCUGAAACCUAUUGUCCAGAAAGUCAUUCGAUGUGAAGAGAACGAUAUGAAAGCAUUAGAGGAAAAGUUGAAGAAGACCAAUAACAGCGUGGCGCAGUCAAAAAUGGCCGUUAAGGAUCUAGAAGCGUCAAAGGCAGAGCCUGAGAAAAAGUUGUUACUUUAUAAAAAUAUGAUUGGCGAUAUUAAAUUUUGGGAUAGAUGCAUUGACGAAAUACAGCAGUUGAAGAAAGCAGUUAAAAACUUGGAAAUUCAAAUGUCCAGUGCUGGAGUUAAGACUAAAAGGACUAUAAGUGAGGCGCAA